CCCCAGCGUACCAGCACUCUACGAUGUCGACAACAGAGAGCACCACUGCUACUAUUCUGUCUACCGCGUUGGCUUCGUCCGCACAUAUCAGCGACGAUGCGCCCUCCAGCGUCGUAUUUGAUCCCGCCAUACACCUCGCCUACACGCCCCCUUCUUCGAAGCUCACCAUGGCCGACAUCGGCCUUCCCGCCGACGCCGGCAUCUCUCCCGUCGCGGUGACGCAGCCUUUCCCCCUCAUGUCACUCGCGGGCGUACGCGAGCUGCGCAGGGACAUCCUCUCGAAAGACGUCAUCGACAAGUACACCGUCUCGAGCUACAUCGCGCCGUGCCAGAGCCGCGAGUUCCCGAGGGAGGCCGCGCCAUUUGUGCACCAGGUGUGGACGCACCCCGAAGUGCUACGGAUCGUGAGCGACGCCGCGGGAGUCGAGCUGGUGCCAAUCAUGGACCUGGAGCUCGGGCACACGAACCAUCAGGUCGGGCUCGCGGGCAAGCACGGCAUCCGAGCACUCAGCGGGCCAGACCCGAAACCCGCGAUGCCGGCAGCCAACGCAGAGGAGCUGAAAGCCCUUGCCGACGCUGAUCUCGGCCUCUCCGACGGGAACGUCGUGAACUGGCACCAUGACAGUUACCCGUUUGUCUGCGUGCUUAUGCUCUCAGACGUGUCGAACAUGAUCGGCGGGGAGACGGCGCUGCAGCGAGGUGACGGCGGCGUGACGAAAGUGCGAGGGCCGAGCGUCGGGAGCGCCGUGGUCCUGCAGGGCCGCCACGUGAAGCACGUCGCGCUCCGAUCGUACAACGCCCCGGAGCGGAUCACGAUGGUCACGUCCUUCCGGGCCAAAGACUCGCUGAUCAGAGACGCAUCUGUCCUCACCACCAUUCACCCCAUCACGAAACCGAACCGCAUCAACUACCAAUGGACGCUCUACCGCACGCAGCUCCUCGCCUCGCGCUUCGCCGCUCUCGCGGCAGACCUCGAGCGGCGGCACGCAGCGCUCCCCGCCGAUGACGAUGCAGACGGCCGUGGGGGCUCCGCGAUCGUCGACCCGGAUGCUAUAGACCGGUUCGUGCAGGAGCAGAUCGACUACCUUGAGAGGACGCGGUCCGAGCUCGCUCGCCCGGUUGCCGGCGCCGUCUAAGGAUGCGCACCUGCUAUAGUGCUAUGCAGUCUACACCAUGAUCACAUAACAAGGCUCUCUUCGUAAAUGCGUCGCAACUCAAUACAUAUCGGAGCGGUCUGGAUGACUCGACUCAG